AUGGCUCCCAUUCGUACCGCUAUCGUCGGCCUCUCAUCUUCCGCAAAGACAAGCUGGGCCUCAAGAGCGCAUCUCCCUUACCUCCUCUCUCCCCUCGGCCGUUCAAAAUACCAAAUCGUCGCUCUUCAAAAUAGUAGCGUUGAAGCGGCCCAGAAUGCAAUCGCACACUACAAUCUCCCUUCCGACACAAAAGCUUACGGUACAUCCGAAGACCUUGCAGCAGACAAAGACGUCGAUCUCGUGGUCGUAGCCACACGAGUCGACGUUCAUCACUCAAACGCUCUCCCUAACGUAAAAGCUGGAAAGACGGUUUUCGUCGAGUGGCCUUUGGCACAGGAUGUUGAGCAUGCGAAGGAACUUGUAGAUGCGGCCAAGGAGACCAACGUCAAGACUCUUGUUGGCCUUCAGGGCCGGUUGUCACCACCUGUUGUCAAGAUCCGGGGGCUACUGAGCGAGGGACGCAUUGGAAAGGUUCUUAGCAGUGAGCUUCAUGCUUCUGGUGGAACGAACGACAGAGAGAUUUUGCCUUCGACAUUGCAGUACUUUACUCAGCGUUCUAUUGGUGGGAAUGACUUUACCAUCGGGUUGGCACACAUAUUCGAUUCGUUCCAGUCCAUUCUCGGGGACGUCACAAAUAUUAAAAGCCGUCUUCACUCGCAGAGACCCAACGUCCGAAUUCGUGAUGCUACAACCAACGAGAUUAUCGACAGAGUUACAAGUGAUGUCCCAGAUAUCACCUUCGCCGCAGGAACCCUUCAAGAAUCCCAAACCGUCCAGAAAGACGCCGCUGUAUCCAUUCGCUUCCGCCGUGGCCAACCUUUCCCUGGUGAACCGCCUCUGGUCAUCACCAUCAACGGCGAAAAAGGCGAGAUCAGACUCCGAAGCUUUGGAGGUACUGCUCUAAAUGCAGGAGGGUAUUCCAAACCUGUCACCAUCGAAAUUCACGAUUUUGAGACAGACACAGUCGAGGAAGUUGAGUGGAAGUGGCAAGAAUGGCAGGAAGAAAAUGAUAUUCCGAUUAUCGGGAGGAGUAUUGCAGCGAUUUAUGAACAAUUUGCUAACGGUGAAGAGAAGGGAUUGGUUUCGUUUGAGGAGGCUUUCAAGAGACAUGAACAGCUCGACGGAAUGCUGAAACAGUGGGAUGCUGACAAGUCUUGA